GGUAAUAGAACUAAAAUAUCGUAAUAAAAAUCCUAAUAAAAUUAGGGCCUAACCCCCUACUUUGUACACAUACUACGGGAGUACCGUCUAAAAUUGGUUGUAUAGGCCAAUGACAAAAAUUGUUGCACACCACUGAACUAGAGUGUUCAGGAUUUAUACAAACGAUUUGACUUCCUAACAUGAUGGAAAGAGUCGACAGUAAUCUGUUUUUUAUUUUCGCCCGGGUUUUCAUUUAGAUUGAAAUUAUAAUUUUUUCCUAUGAGUUUUUUCAAAUAUAACACUUAAGCUAGAGUAGAAAAAGCGUUGGUAGAAGAAUCACAAGCAACCAGGAGAAGAGAAUAUUCGCAUGCAGAAUUCUCAUUUGUGCUUGGAAUAAAAUCAGUCUGAAAUGGAAGCAUUCCAGCUGUUGUUCAUGUGCGUUGGAUUCGCCACAACAGUCGAAAUCUAUGUGAGAGUUCAAUUCAGAGGCAGUGCUGCGACGACGUCAUACCGCCACCAGGAAACGAUCACGGCAAAGAAUGAACAUGAAUUGAGAGAGAAAUUGGCUAAAACAUUGGAAAACGCGUUACUGGAUAAGCAGAUUGAUGAAGUCACCAUAACAACCGAAAUUUACCAUGGCAACAAGGUUCAUUCAACCCAGAUCACCAAGUUUGACGCAACAACUCCAAAUGGGCUGGAUGACACCACUUCCGUUACCACCACUAAAGGUAAUGACAUCACUAAAGCUGUUACGUCAUCUGCAACAAGAAGUAGUACGAAAAUUCGUGACCUCACAACAACAACUAUGCUUGAAAACAUGUUCACAACUCGAUCGAUCACUUCGAUUGCUUCCACUCAAUCGUUCCAGGAGUCGACUUUGACUGCGAAAACAGGGAUAUGCAACGUUACUUACAAUUCGAAAUGUUUCCGAGUGAUCAUUUAUGGCAAGACGAACGUCACCUUAAGCGUUGCCAAAUCUUUUUGCGAAAACAAACUGGCUAAUAUUUAUGACCUCACACACCUCAAAAAACUGAAAGAUUAUUUAUACACAAUUAUUCCUCACGGGCGGUCGCGGAUUGGAGUUCGUACAGGAAUGACUUACAAGAACGGUCAGCUUUAUUCAACAAAAAAUCAAACUGCGUCUCUUACUAAGUACUUACGUACUUACUCCGAUGAAUCGAGUACUGUUGUUGUUCGUGUCGAUCGAAAGUCAACAUAUAGGGAAGGGAUUAUUACUGUUCCUCCUUUUUGGCAAUAUUACGGAGCCAUCUGUGAAAAUUAA